AGUCUCGUUGGAAAUUAGGGAGAGCGAUCGAGUGGGUUUCUAGCACGAAUUGGAAAAUGGCCUUGCUCCAUGAUGUCAUUGGAUAAACCACAAUUUAUACUAGAGUAGACCAAGAACUAGAAAAAUAUCAUAAAAUUCCGAUCAUGGACCAAACUAAACCAUUCUUGACAGUUUAAGCCAAAACAAACUGUUCCGUCCUUUUUUGUUCACUAUUUUUCAACUAUCCAAUCUAUUUUCCGAGCAUCCAUUUUCAUUGUAUCUACUCUUCCACUUUUGAAGGCAAAACGGUGCAGUUUCUCUCCAAAACAUCCUAACUGUUUUUUUUAGUGCUCUCCGUCUUCGUUCGACAAGCGCCCAUCUCAUCCCUGUUUGUGCAAAGCUGACAUGGAGGAGGAGAACGAGAGGAACGGCGCGGAAGAAUCUAUGCAGCUGGAGGACGACGACGACGACGGACCACCGCCAGGAUGGCAAUCGAUCCCUCCUCCACCAGAUCCUUCGGAGGAGAAACCUGCUUCACCUCCCCCACCCCCUCCGCCGCCGUCGCCGUCUCCGCCGCCGCCAACCACCGCACCGACGGUACCUAUACUCGAGCCACCACAUUCAGAGAUGGCUCAGAUGGUUUGUGGUUCCUGUCAACGCCUUCUAUCCUAUCAGAAAGGCGCCAAGCACGUGAAAUGCGGCUGUUGCGACUCUCUCAAUUUUGUGCUGGAAGCUCACGAAGUCGGGCUUGUUAAUUGUGGAUACUGUCCUGUGCUGCUUAUGUACCAGUAUGGAUCUUCGGCGGUUCGCUGCUCCUCCUGCCAGAACGUAACAGCAAUCGGAGAACACAACCAACGCCCGCCAUGGUCUGUAAUACAAGGAUACCCUCCUGCCUCGCCUUCCCCUAAUCCUGUUCGCUGACUGAGCCUCGAGGUCUCGGCAACAUCCUGAAAACUGUCUAGGUCAGGACUCAGAAGGAAGGGUGAAAGACUCUCCUAGUGGUUUUGUGUAGGCUGCUUCUAUGACCAAAUUCAGAGAUGUUAUGAAUGCUUAUUGGGAUUUCUCCCAGAUGUUCAGCUUAGAGAUCUACAUCCUUAUCUUGUUCUUUUGCCUCUAGUGAUGAGCUGGCGCUAUAUAUCUAUACCUGAAGGUUCAGUCUCUCUGGAAAUUAAACUUCCUGGUGUUGGCUAGAGUUGAGUAUUGUGGGCGCGUCAAAUCGAUCUCUCCCAUGAACAAGAUAAGAGAUGCUUAUGCUGGCUGUCUAAAACUACAGGUUAGUUCAUUGGAUUCUGCUAAAAAGAUAUUAUCUUGAACAGCAAGAGUUAUUAUCAGAGUUCUCCUGAAAGCAAACUAGAAGGGAGCAAGUAGUCGCCCAUAGUUUUUAUUAUUCUUGAUGUAAAAUGUUUUUGGCGAAUUGUCAAAAGUGACAGCUGCCUGUAACUCUAUCGUUUAACUUAGAUUAUUGCGCUGAAAUUAACUUAUUCCAAGAUU